AUGGCUAGCGUCUUCGGUCGUCUCCUGGCUGGCCGUGGAGCUGCCGUGCUCUUUGCGGCUGCUGGCACAGGGGCCCUAACCACUGGCUACCUCCUCGACCAGCAAAAUGUUAAAGCUGCCGUACACGAAAAACGAAAACUCUUCCCUCCAAGUGCAGACUAUCCUGAUCUCCGCAAGCAUAACAACUGCAUGGCGGAGUGCCUCACGCCAGCAAUUUAUGCUAGACUAAGGGACAAGACGACUCCCAACGGCUACACCCUGGACCAGUGUAUCCAAACUGGGGUCGAUAAUCCCGGCCACCCUUUCAUUAAGACUGUGGGCAUGGUUGCAGGUGAGGAAGAAUCUUAUGAGGUAUUUGCUGAGAUUUUUGACCCUGUCAUUAAAGCAAGACAUAAUGGCUAUGACCCACACACAAUGAAGCAUCAUACAGACCUGGAUGCAUCCAAGAUCACCCAGGGCCAGUUUGACGAGCGCUACGUCCUCUCGUCAUGCAUACGUACUGGUCGCAGCAUCUGGGGCCUCAGCCUUCCUCCAGCCUGCAGCAGGGCGGAGAGGAGAGAAGUGGAGAACAUGGUGGUCACUGCUCUGGCUGAGCUCAAAGGAGACCUCUCUGAAAAGUACUAUGGCUUGACCACUAUGACUGAGAAGGAGCAACAGCAGCUUAUUGAUGAUCACUUUCUCUUUGAUAAGCCAGUGUCCCCUUUGCUAACAUGUGCAGGGAUGGCACGUGACUGGCCAGAUGCCAGAGGAAUCUGGCACAACAACAACAAGACAUUUCUUAUCUGGAUUAAUGAAGAGGACCACACCAGAGUGAUAUCCAUGGAAAAGGGGGGCAACAUGAAGCGGGUGUUUGAAAGAUUUUGCCAUGGUUUAAAAGAGGUUGAAAGAUUAAUUAAAGAGCGAGGCUGGGAGUUCAUGUGGAACGAACGUCUUCUUGGCUCUGUUCUGACUUGUCCUUCCAACCUGGGAACAGGUUUACGCACCGGAGUGCAUGUUAAGCUGCCAAGGCUUAGCGAGGAUCCCAGGUUUCCCAAAAUCCUGGAGAACCUGCGGCUGCAGAAACGCGGCACUGGUGGCGUGGACACGGCAGCUGUGGCGGAUGUUUAUGAUAUCUCCAACCUGGACCGCAUGGGUCGAUCAGAGGUGGAGCUAGUUCAGAUUGUCAUGGAUGGGGUCAAUUAUCUAGUUGACUGUGAGAAGAAACUGGAAAGAAUUCAAGACAUCAAAAUUCCACCUCCGUUGCCUCAGUUUGGCAGGAAAUGA